AACAAAAAAAGACAAGGAAUCGCCCAAGUCUGGAAAAGUCAGCAAAUCUGCAGCACAAGAAAAUUCAGAUCAUGAGCAGUAAUAUGUGAUUGUGAUCAGUCAUCACCAGCUGCAGUGCUUUCCUGUCUGAGAAGAAUGUUUCCAUAGCAGACAGUGAUUCUACAUGCUGUCUAUGAAGCACACGAAGGAACCUACUUACCCUCUUCUUAUGAUGUGGAGUUGAUGUUAUGCUUCUUCACCAAUCAUGAGGUUUUGAGGGACCAUGUGAAGUUAUCAGUGAUGUGCACUCCCAGAUAAAUCCCAUUAAGGAAGUUGCUUACUAUUUCUGCUGUCAAACCACAGAUGUGUAGAGGCUCGUGAGCUACUCAACGGGGUCUAACCGGAAGGGCAGCAAUAGUGUGCCACCCACCACACAGAUGCUGAAGGGGAAACAGUCUGGAUCUCAAGCCCCUGUCAAAAAGGAGAAGAGGCAAAGCUCGUCUCGUUUCAGUCUCAGCAAUAAUCGGGAGCUCCAGAAACUGCCUGCUUUCAAAGAUGUGCCCCCAGCGGAGCAGGAGAAUCUGUUUGUACAGAAGCUGCGGCAGUGCUGUGUGCUCUUUGACUUUGUAUCAGACCCACUGAGCGACCUGAAAUGGAAGGAGGUGAAGCGGGCGGCGCUCAGUGAGAUGGUGGAGUACAUCACACACAACAGGAAUGUCAUCACUGAGCCCAUUUACCCGGAAGUGGUGCACAUGUUUGCAAUCAACAUGUUCAGGACAUUACCGCCCUCAUCGAACCCAACAGGGGCAGAAUUUGACCCAGAGGAGGAUGAGCCCACGUUAGAGGCUGCCUGGCCACACCUGCAGCUCGUAUACGAGUUCUUCCUUCGGUUUUUAGAGUCUCCAGACUUCCAACCAAACAUAGCCAAAAAGUACAUUGACCAGAGGUUUGUCAUGCAGCUCUUAGAACUCUUUGACAGCGAAGACCCUCGAGAAAGAGACUUCCUGAAAACCACUCUGCACCGCAUUUAUGGCAAAUUUCUAGGCCUCAGGGCCUACAUCAGGAAGCAGAUUAAUAACAUAUUUUAUAGGUUCAUUUAUGAAACGGAGCAUCAUAAUGGAAUAGCAGAGUUACUUGAAAUAUUAGGAAGCAUAAUCAAUGGGUUCGCCUUACCACUGAAAGAAGAGCACAAGAUAUUCUUGUUGAAAGUUUUGUUGCCUUUGCAUAAAGUCAAGUCUCUCAGUGUUUAUCACCCACAGCUGGCUUAUUGUGUUGUACAGUUUUUGGAGAAGGACAGCACUCUGACUGAGCCGGUGGUCAUGGCUCUUUUGAAGUACUGGCCGAAGACACACAGCCCAAAAGAGGUGAUGUUCCUCAAUGAGCUUGAGGAGAUCCUGGAUGUAAUUGAGCCCUCUGAGUUUGUCAAAGUCAUGGAGCCUCUGUUCAGGCAGUUGGCGAAGUGCGUCUCCAGCCCACACUUUCAGGUUGCAGAGCGGGCCCUGUAUUACUGGAACAACGAGUACAUCAUGAGUCUGAUCAGUGACAAUGCAGCCAGAAUACUGCCCAUCAUGUUUCCGUCCCUUUACCGAAACUCCAAAACCCACUGGAACAAGACAAUCCAUGGUUUGAUCUACAAUGCUUUGAAGCUAUUUAUGGAGAUGAAUCAGAAACUCUUCGAUGACUGCACACAGCAGUUCAGAGCAGAGAAAAACAAAGAGAAGCUAAAGUGGAAAGAGCGUGAGGAAGCCUGGAUAAAGAUAGAAAACCUUGCCAAGUCAAACCCCCAGUUCCUCUUGUAUAUUGACUCAACCAACUUAGGUAGCCCAAUGGAGAUUGAAACAGACAGCAUAGGGAUAGAUGAUGUCACAGCACUCAAAAAGACAGUAGAAGAAGAAGCAACACAGAUUCAGAGGGAGCAGCGGAAAGAGCGGCCACUAAUGCGUCGCAAAUCAGAGCUUCCUCACGACAUGUCCACCGUAAAGGCCCUGGAAACCCACCGGCGUGCAGACGACAUGAUAACCACCCGUGAUGGCCACUAAAGGGGCAGAGCAGCUCAGAGGCAGAGGCCGAGAACAGCGCGCCCGGUGCACAGCAGCAGAGGCAGCAGCAGCAGCACAUGAUGGCAUGGUGUGACCCGGAAAUCUGGACACACGCUUAGCUCUGCUCCCAUAAAGAGCCACAGUGACCCUCCCUCGGCCAGUGCCCCUACGCUGGAGUUUUUUUUAUUUUAGACCUUCUCAGGUGUAAAUUUUUUUGUGGACUUUUUCCCCACAGAUCUCUCCCUUUCUCGUCACAUGCAUCUGCACUGAUUUCCCCCUCCCCAACACUUACCAUUAAUUGUUAUUAAAAGAGUAGGUGCUAGGGCGAAAACAGUGAAUGGAUCAUUUUCAGCACAAGAGCACUUGCAGUUUGACUGCUGACCAUUGUGUUUUAAUUGAGCAAAAGCCUCUUGACCCACAGGAAUAUGGGAGAGUGCAGAUUUUGGGUGAAAAUGUGUAUACAGCUCUAACCUUUGUUUUUAGGACAUAGCUGCUAUUGCCUCCAGCUUUGUGCCUCAGACUGGUAGUUCAUGUCCGUUUAUGUGUUAUGUUUGUUUCUUGUGUUAUCUGGUCCAGCAGUGGGGACUGUCAGCCAAGUGUCACUGUUUGGCAAAUGGAGCAGAUUUAUCUCAUUCUCAUAUAUAUAUAUAUAUAUAUAUAUAUAUAUAUAUAUAUAUAUAUAUAUAUAUAUAUAUAUAUAUAUAUAUAUAUAUAUAUAAACAAAAACAAACAAGCUUGGCAGACUUUUGAAAGCUCCUAAUCUUGGUGAAUAUCUAAACGAAAAUAUUCCUCUGUAGAAUUUAGGUCUUGUGCCAAUUUAUUUUGUUGUAAUAUAUUUUUAGAUGCUAUUCAGUACACCUGGCUAUAAGUUCACCCAGACUGUGUGGAUGUUCAAACAAUGGUAAAUGAUUUGCUUCCAUAUUUCAUUGACAGUGAUGGCUGUUUCAAGGUGUUACUUGUGGAAGAACUGCCUGGCACUGCCCUCAUUGUGAGAACUUUAACCUAGGACUUCAUUCUGAACAAUUUGAAUAUAUAUAUCUAUCUAUUAAUUAUUUUUUUUUGCAUGAUGCUUGGUCGAGACUUUAAUGGUUCCCUUUUAGAUUUUUUUCUAACGGAGUCAGAACAAGCUGUGCAUGCUUGUUUAGUUCAUAUCCACUGACUAAGUUAAUGGAUAUGUAGAAGUAUCAGUUUGUUAAAACAAAGUUAAACAAAGCCUUUAUUUACAUUUAGUGCCUUUUAGCUGAUGGACAACUUUGCUGAAAUGCAUAUAUAAGGCCACAAAGUUUUCUAAUUUAGAACUUAUUUUCUGUUAGAAAAUAUCUCCAAAUUAGAGGAUGGAGAUCAUGAUGGUCAUAUCCAGUGACCGUUAAUAAAAUGUGCACUAAGGGUGAAAUUAAACCACUCAACUGGUGGCUGGAAGAGUCACCAUGUGACUGUUGGUGUAACCUAAUGAACAAUAGAGAUCAGGCCACGUUUACCUACUAUGGUCCAUAUUGUGUCCAACAGAAGACAAAAGAUUUUGGCAUGUUUUAUUUGUCUUUCUUUUCUUUUUUUCUUUUUUCUUUAUUAUUAUUUUUUUUAAUACUUCUUUUUUUUUUGUUAGUUGGUUUAAGACCUGGGCCAUUGUUUGAACUUCCAUUAGAUGCUGAGCAGAGGCUCAUAACGUUCUGGGGGUCUUGUAUGUCUUUGGGAAUUGUUCAAAAUGAUAAAGUAUUUUUGUUUGUUAUUUUUGCUUGCAUUAGCUUGUUCGAUUUGAAUGUGCAAGUUUGUAAAUAGGACUACAGUGAUCAGUCUUUUUAAUUGUCAAAGAAUAGCAAUCACCAACAAUUUGUUCCACACUUCUGGUAUGUUCAAAUGUUUCUAAAGGCCAAUGCAUUUAAUUUCUUUUUUCACCAUCCAUAUACUCGUGCUCAACAAGAGGUAUGUAGUGCAUUAGAGCACUACUACUGUGUCAUUUUCUUUCUCUGCAAAUCGGAGCUUGUUUUCAGCAUUAAAUGGCUUUAAAUGAACAUUUCUGGAGGCUUUUUCUCUUGAUGAAACCGAACCAUUGCAAAGUGUCCUUUAGUAUGCAACCCUGCUCAAUGGCUUCAUUUAAUAUUGUAUAUAUUAUGUACUAUUAUUUUAUCUUCUAUCUAUUAUUAAAUGGUAGAUCUCUUACUUUGUACAAAUUCUCAUGUACAGAUGAAAAUGUUAUUAGCAACUACAUACAGUUGAUAAAGUGGCACACACAUCUGUACAUGUUACUAUUUGCAUUAGAAAUGUUUAGAGGUUAAAGGCUAUUUUUUAUCAAUUUGUUACUCAGAACUUUUCAUUUCCAAAUUCUGUCAUCUGUGAUGCAAUCUGUCCAACAUUUAGCCUUCGUGUGUGCUCUUAACCAUUCUCAACUGGUGUACAUCUAUAGUAAAUAAAGAAAAUUGGUCAGUUUUAUAUUUUCA